AUGGAAAGACAGGCAUUGCUUUCUUCUCCAGAACCAGAUGACCCUCAAGAUGCAGAGGCCGCGCUGGGCCGCGUUGCGGAGAUGUACAAGCACAAUCGAGAACUUUUUGUCCAGACUGCCAAAUACUGGACGGAGACCUUCGCCUGCGAGCAGAAGUCUUCCAACGACGAGAAGGUGCAAAAAAUCGUCGACAUGGGAUUUACACAGGAGCAGGCCAAGCAGGGAUCUCAGCAGACCUGCCUCAGAGGAUGA